AUGAACUGGAUGACGCCCCACGAAGCGUCCCUGCAGAAGCUUCCGGCUGAAGCUGAUGCUGAAGCGGAGACCAGCGUCCUCGAUAGGAAGCGCCCAGUUCCUCGAUUUCCUGACAGCUUUUCUGCCAACCUGGGCCGAAAAGUUUCCUCACCCUCGUCUCCCCAGGAAAUCUCUGCAUCUGCAACUCAUCGCACCCUUCCCUCUCCUCUCCCACAGAGCCAGAGUGUUAUCAAUCGUAAGCGGGACGUUGUCGCUGGCAUAGCACCUCCGCUUCCUACAACUCCUCUGCCCACCUCGCGCAAUCGACAAGUUUCUACUGCCUCCUCAGUCAAGGCCAUGGUAGCAAAGUUCGAGGGCGGCGGCUGCGACGAAGCUCCUGACAAGUCCGACACAAUGGCAGAUUCGAUGAACGACGCACCAUCCUCGCCCAUCGACAGCAUCAAGACAAAGGCACCCGUCGACGAUUCAAUCAAUACGAUCAGCUCUAACCUUGCCCCUGGCCCAACCUCUCACGCAGUCGUUCCCAAGACCCAGACCGUUGAAGAGGGUGAAUUGGAGUUGCUCAAAAUGCAGGAGUUCUACAAAACCGAGCCCCUCGCUCGUUGCUUGGAUAACUAUGUCCCUCCCAAGCGAAACAAGGAGAAGGUGAAGGUUCUUCCUAUUGAGCAGGACGAAGGUGCUUCAUUGUUGAAGGCGGCUAAGCUCGAGCUGCACAACACUCUCGCCAAGUCUCACGAGGCCUAUGAGGAGCGCCACCCAUCCGCAAAGCAGGAACGUCUGCAGCAGGAGGCAGCUGAGGCACUCAAGAAGGGGGAUCCGUCAAAGAACAACGUCUCGAGCACACCGUCUGAGGCCAGCACGAAGCCCUCUCGUCGCGCCAACAAGAAGGCCCGGAAGAAGGCCCAGAAGAAGGCAGAGAAGGCAGCAAAGCGCGAGGGUAUUGAUCCCAUCGACCAGAAGCCUUCGUCUUCAACUUCCACGCAGCCUACCCAGAAAGAAUGGACGCUGCGAGGCCAAUAUCCCGAGACGUUCGCCAAGAUCGAUCAUUGGCGGUCUCUGCCUGACCCCGACGCGCCGCAGGUAUCUUCUGCUACCCAGAUGCCUAGUCUGGUCAAUCAGUCUUUUUCUGGCAAGGAUCAGGCUCCUCGCCGCCGCAAUGCUUCCCACGAGACUUCUCACGACGAAAGCCUGGCCAGCUCUGCUUCGUCCUCCGCCACCUUGGUCCCUUCGCAGAAUCAGUCCAUCUCGGUCACGCCUGCUGACAGUCAAUCGUCCGACAGCGAUAGCACCGACUACGACCAUGACAGCACCUCCCAGACAUACAAUGAGUCUGAUGAAGCAGCCAUCCCGUCUUCCCAGGGUCCCAAUCAGCCGAUGAGCCAGCACUUGACUCAGAAAGUCGGCGCCGAGGCGAACAAGGACAGUGAAGCCGGCAACGAUGACGAGCUCUCCGACGGUGAAUCUGCCAAGGUCGCAAAGGCCGCCGCGAAGCAGAAGGAGAAGAGAGACGCUGAUCGCCGCGUUCAUGAGGCCGUCAACGCUGCUCAUGCCGCGGGCCGCAUUGUUCAUCUCGAAAAUAUGAAGUCGAUCCGCGACCAGAUCUCGACCAAUGUCAAGAAGUCUGACAUCAAGCCCGGCUUUGGCAAGAAGGCUCAGCCUGUUCCUGCUUUUGACGAAAUGGCUUACAGCGCCGACUCUAUUGCCUGCCACACCUUGAAGCCGGCACCCCUUCGCAUUCCGUCGCGCAUGAAGCAGCCUUCAGUCGACGACUCUGAGAUUAAAGAAAGGGACACCCCUCGUACGCCGGCUCCUCAGCUCCCCGGUGAGCUAAAGGUGAACAAGGGCAAGCAUCGCGUUGAGCAUGUGCUUUCUGAGGCUCCUGGAAUUGAUCCUGGCGAGACUGGUAUUAAGGACAACCGCAAACAAAGUGCGUCUUUCACCCGUCAGAAGGCUGGCUCCGUCAAUUUCAGCCGGCCCCAGAACAAGAAUGCUCAGAACCACAAGCAGUCGGACGCUCCUUCCAACAAGUCCUCUUCCCCCGCCGGUGGUAAGAAGAAUAAAGCUUCUGCUCGCGACAAGCGCGGAAAGAAGUCAGCCUCUAGCGCUUCAGAGAAGGAGACACAGCCCGGCGGUGACCAGGGACCUUCCAGAGAUGAGCUCAAUGCUUUCUUCGGCACGAAGAACCAGCCUGGCCCGGUUGAUGCCUGGCUCAAGGAGGCUGCAUACCGCCAGAAGCGCAAGGAGGUUGAGGCUGCUGUCGCGGCCGCCAAAGCUGCUCAAGCUGCGAAGGCUUCGCAGGCUUCUCAAACCGCUGAAGUAUCCCGGCCUACUACUCAAACUUCUCAUGGCGCUCAGAACUCAGACCGCCAGAGCUUUACUGCUGGCGACUACCAGGACCUGAUCCAGGAUGACUACAAUGACCUGAUCCGACAGUCUCCUGAGAAGAAGCAGGCUGCUUACACGCAUGGAGGUUCUUCUCGUGUCGUUCCUCAGACUGUUGACUUCAACGGACACUACCCCCAAACUCAGCCGCUCGCCGGAGCUCGCCACCAUAGUGGUGGACCAACACUCCCGCCCACCCCGGCUUCCGCCUACCGGCCCCGCGUUGCGGCCGCCAAAACGACAGAUGCGAUGAUGGGCGAACUCGAUGACUUCUUCGCCGAGGAGAAUGACCAUCUGUACCAGAAGCCCGGCCGCGCCUCGACUUCCACCGCUGGCAGCUCUAAGCAGCAGGAGCCCUGGGACGAUCCUUCCUACAACGAGGAGGCUCUGCAGUUUGGCUACGCCUACAUGCAAAACAACCACACUCCUCUGCCCGACAACUUCGAACCCGUCCCUCUGACCCGUGAGCAGCGCCGCCAGGUUCUGGCCGCCCACAGCAUCGCCGAGGCCGACUAUCCCGCUCCCCCCGCCGGCUACCCUGCCCCGGCUGGCCCUGCCGACGGCGAGAACACGCCUCCCUGCCCAACCCGGCCUCCUCCUUCCGUCCCUGCUCCUGGCACCGGCACCGGCACCGUCACCGGCGGAGGUACUGGCCAAGGACGCCAGAGAGGUAGCGGCGAGCAGGUUCAGAGCCUCCGUCGCGCCCCUCGUCGCUUCCAGCGUGCCGCGACUGCCCCUACCUCCGCUCCCAAGAGCCCUGCUCCCGGCUACGACGACGAUUGGUUCUAA